UAUUGUCUUUGCGUUUAUAGUGUUUCAAUUUCAAGCAUCACUACCGGAAUUUCGAGAUUUUAUUUACAUACCAGAAACCUUGUAACCAAUCAGUAGAGCAUUGGCUGCAGUUAGCCGCAAGUGUGAUAUUUUACCAUGCGAAACACAUCGGUACUUAUAAUACGUCAAGCCGCUGACCCAACAUGUCGUUCCACUCGCUAGGUAUCUCCAAAGAUUCUCUACUACAUGAUCUUUGGUAUCUCCACGGCCUUCUAAAAAUAGUCUGUGGGUAUCCCAGGAGGUGAUGACUUCACAUUACUAAAAUUAGCCACCAAUCAGGCAGGUGCAUCGUUCUACGUUUAGCUGCAUGUGCCUAGAUCUAGUAGUGUUGGUACAGGGUAUAUCUUAUAGAGUGAGAGGGAGGACAGGUCGCGGCUGGGAUAAUAAGUGAAAAAUUCAGAAAGCAGGCACAGUAAAUCGGGAAUGCAAUUCAGCUCCAACGGGAUACAGCUGUGGAUGGGUGACUGUCAAGAGGUGUAGCUGUGCAUCAAUGAUGACUUGUUACAGAAUAUGUAUGGUCUCGGACUUUUUCUACCCUAACAUGGGUGGAGUGGAGAGUCACAUUUAUCAACUAUCUUCAUGUCUUUUGGAGAGAGGUCACAACGUUGUCAUCGUCACACAUUGCUACGGUGACCGCCAGGGCAUUCGCUAUUUGUCUAAUGGGCUAAAGGUGUAUUACCUGCCCUUCCCACCCUUCUACAAUCAGUGUAUUCUGCCGACCAUCUUUCCAUCCUUUCCCCUACUGAGAAAUGUUUUUAUACGAGAAGGCAUACAGAUUGUGCAUGGACAUUCAGCUUUCUCAACUUUGGGCCAUGAGGCAAUGUUUCAUGCUCGAACCAUGGGCCUACGCACUGUGUUCACCGAUCACUCUUUGUUUGGUUUUGCCGAUGCCAGCUCCAUCCUGACAAACAAAGUCCUGAACUUUGCCCUGGCAGACUGUACCCACACCAUCUGUGUGUCCCACACCUGCAAGGAAAACACUGUGCUCCGGGCCAACGUUUCACCGUCUUUGGUCUCAGUCAUCCCUAACGCUGUGGACCCGACAGUGUUCCAGCCAGAUCCAAGCAAACGAGACCCGGACAAAAUAACAAUUGUGGUGAUUAGUCGUCUUGUGUACAGAAAAGGAAUGGAUCUUCUGGCUGGUCUCAUUCCCAUUAUCUGCUCCAAGUACCCUCAAGUCCAGUUUAUUAUUGGCGGUGACGGGCCCAAACGUAUCAUCCUGGAAGAGGUGCGGGAACAGUACCAGCUGCUGGACCGUGUGCUCAUGUUGGGGUCGCUGCAGCACAGCCAGAUCAGAAACACUGCAGGUGGUGAGCACCAGGGUCGGUGGUGUGCCGGAGGUGCUACCCCCUGGCCUGGUCUACCUCGCCGAGCCCAAUGUUCAAGCACUUGCUCAAGAACUGGAAAAUGCAAUUGAAGACAGAAUUCAAGACAGGUGCUUGCCUCCGGAAGAAAUGCAUAACCGCAUCCGAAAUUUGUACUCAUGGCAUGACGUGGCUCGGAGAACUCAUUUUGUCUACGACAAGGUCAUGACCUCGCCGGUUCCCGACACGACAGAACGGUUGCAGAAGUUCAACAACUGCGGGAGGGUGAGUGGCAAACUGUUCAUGCUCACUGCCCUGCUCAACAUGAUCCUGCUCUACAUCCUGGACUGGUUCUGGCCAGCUCUGUCUAUCGAGCUGGCACAAGACUGUAAGAGGAUCCAGAGUCUGAGGCAGGGGACAGCUGGCUCUUGUUCUCCUAUAGGAGGAACAGACGAAAGAUGAAGACGUGUGCAUGUGCUAUCCUUGUGUUUGUUCACAUUUCAACGAAGAGAGGAAAUCCAAUAAAAAUACAGCGUAGACAGCCUAGCACGCACAAGGCGAAAUCAACCAGACUCAGAAACUUUUCAAUCUCAUGUACGAAUUUCACUGUGCACAUGAUUUGAAUAUUAAGAAUAUACACAUAUUGAGAACAA